AUGGUCAAAGAAUACUUUCUCGCCCCGAACUACACAACUGCAGCGGAAGGUCCGAUCAAGCUCGGUUCUAUCCUACGCAACAUUACUGAAUUCGAGCCUCUCAACCAAGUCGUUGAGACGAUUCCCGCGACGCAGCUUUAUCCCGUCGAUGUCAAAGAACAAUUUGAGAUCUCCCUACACGAACUUCAUUCGGUCAAUCUCAACCUCAAAGCCAGAGCCUUAGGACUCCUUGGCUUAGGCACAGGAGCAUCCAUCGAACGUGUCAAAGGCAGCAAUGAUGUAAUAUCAUGCCACCGUCUCGAAACACUCUCUUUCAAUCCGACCGAUUCAUACAUUGAAGCCAGCAUGGAAGAUUCGAAUGUCAAGCGUUUCAUGAGAUCAAGCAGGUUCAGGAAACCGAUUUACAUGGUGACAGGGUUGAAGAUUGCCCGUGCUGCUUUUAGAACAUCAAGCACCAACAGUCUCGUGGCCGUGGAGCACAAUACUAGUCUUCUUCCUCCUGGGGCCCCCGUCGCAGUGGGCGGGACGGUGAAGAAAAUAUGGCUGGACAGGAAGAACAAGGUCAAGCAGGGGGGGUACAGAAAAAUGGCUGUUAUGCAGGGCGAGACAUCCGUCGGUGAAAGUCCCUUCGCUGUUCGGUCCGAUGACGACCUUACUCCCGGAGAAGUUGAAGAGAUGUUUAGCCAAGCGGAGGAUUAG